UCUACCUAGAAUGGACUGCAGGCAUGCAGGUGGGCUGAAUUUGUUCACUAGUAAUAUUACUUCUACUGCCUUUGGGGCAGUGGGUCUAGGGAUGCAGUGGAUGUGGGGGACAAACAAAUACCAUUCAUCUUCUGGCUACCCUAUUUAACUCCUGAAAACUGGAACAGGGAUGUCGACAGUCAGAGGAGGAGAAGGGCAGAAGUGUGCACUAGAACACCAGAUGUUUGAGGCUGAAAAUGAUAUGGAUGCAGAAUAAAUAGCCCCAAAAUAACCUUCUAUCUGUGGUGUCCCGUCCCCCUCCUUGGCCAGGCAUCAAAGCUACAUGUUGUUCAUUUAAAACAUGAACAUCCUGAUCCCAGGACUUUGAAGAUAGGAAUCACCCAUCCCAAACCAGACACACUGCCCACAGUAGCUGAGAAAGAAGCCAAAGGUGGUGAAUGAUUAGCAGAACUGCAAGACAGCUCCAGAAUCUAGACACAGAGUACUGGGAAAGCUGUUUUGUGGGGGAAACUCAGACUGACCAAAAGAGCCGAGGAGGUCCUUUGUGGCCUGUCUACUCCAUGGGAAUAGCUCCAGGAGAGGGAAGACCAGCUGCCUUCAUCAGGAACUCACAGGUGGCAUUUCUAUGGGGAAUCAGCACAAGGGAAAAGGAGACAUUUCAUUUCCAAGUUAUGGUGGCAUCGCAAUUACACCAUUAUUGCAUGGACUGAAGUGCAAGUGGAGGACAAGGGGUUGGGAGAGGAAGUGGCUUUAGCAAAUUGGUAAGAUGAUGACAAUAAUGAUUAUAAAAAUUUUGGGUCAGCUAACUCCUUUUGGUGCCCUAGAGCUGCGCUGUCCAGUCUGGUAGCCACUAACCACAUGUGGCUAUUUACAUUAAAAUUAAGAUGAAUUAAAAUUAAAUGAAAUUUAAAAUUCAGUUCUUCAGUCACACUAGCCACAUUUCAAGUGCUCAAAAACUGCAUAUGGCUAGUGACUGCUAUAUUAUAGGGCAGCAUAGGUAGAGACCACUUUUAUCCCUGCAGAAGGUUGUAUUGGACAGUGCUGCCCAAGAGAGUGUACAGAGUGAAAAGAAAAAUUGAAGGCCUUAAAUACUCAAUUCAGAAGAUGGGUGGGAAAUGAAAGCACUUUUAUGCCAUCUUUAAAGGAAUCCCUUAUUUCUUAUAGUUUCAUGGCAGAUAUGGCAAAGAUGACAUCAAAUGCUGUAUUGUAUGGCUUGUACAGUGGCAGAACCAAUUAAAUGCUUGCCCCUGCCAGUCUCUAAGACUAAGUUAAGGGCAUUGGUGGGAGAAGGAGUGAGAUCCUGAGAUAUGAGAGGGAGAAAAGGUGAGGCUGAAAACUUUGGUUUUUUUGUUUUGUUUUGUUUUGUUUUUUUGAGACAAGGUCUCACUGUCACCCAGGCUGGAGUGCAGUGGCACAAUCUCAGUUCACUGCAAUCUCCACCUCCCAGGCUCAAGUGAUCCUCCCACCUCAGCCUCCUGAGUAGCUGGGACUACAGGCCCACACAACCACGCCUAGCUAAUUUUUGUAUUUUUAGUAGAGACGGGGUUUCACCAUGUUGGCCAGGCUGGUCUUGAACUCCUGACCUCAAGCAAUCUGCCUGCCUCAGCCUCCCAAAAUGCUAGGAUUAUAGGUGUGCGCCACUGCGCCUGGGCAGGCUGAAAACUUUGAACUCCCCAAUUCCAUAUGACCUCCUUUUUUGAUUGAGGAAACCCCUCUUCCCACCAGAGAGGGCACCUUUCUCUGUAUGGGCACCUUUCUCUGUAUAAACACCUGUCAAUCACUGCACCUGGGAGAAUGCCAUCCCCAUGGGAUGCUGACCUCUGUAGGAUUCACUCCCACUUCUCUAAGUACCUCCAGGACCAUAACAAGAGUAGGUCCAAGGUAAGGAUGUACAAGACCUGGUCUGAGGUGGGAGAGGAAACUGAUACACUACAAUAAUUAUGAGACUUUACCAAUCAGUUUUGGCCAGAGUUUGGGGAGCAUGGCUAUGAAUGAAUCCUAAAGCUAUUUGACCAUCUAAAGUAAAAUUGAAGAGCUGACUUAACCACAUUCCUUGAUAUGAGUUUACUUCCCUGAGAUUCUGAAUUUAAUAUGUUGGCUUGAGCAAAUAGAAGUAGUACAUACAGUCUGCUAGGUUGGCCAGUUGAAACCUGGACUCAGUGGUGGCCUACAGUCAGUGGAAUUGACAUUUUGGAAUGUCCCUGGCAAACAUUAGAGAAGCACUGCCAAACAGAACUUUCUAUUUCUACGAUGGAAUGUUCUGUAGCUUGUGCUGUCCAGCACAAUAACUUCCAGCCACCUGUGGCUAUUGAGUACUUAAAAUGUGGCCAGAACAACUAAAACACUGAAUUUUAAAUUUUAUUGUUACUUUGGUUAAUUUAAAUUUAGCACUUGGGGCUAGCGACUACUGUAUUGGAUAGUGCCACUCUAGUUUAAGAAGUCUGAAGGCUCAGGGGAAUUGGCAAUGUGGGAUGAACCUGUAAGGGGCAACUAGCUCAGCCACCCCUUAAUCAUAAUCCCUGGAGGGUUUGGAGGAGACUUCCUUUUUCUUCUGAUUCUACUCUGGCUGCAGUCUAGAGUCUCUGAUACAUGGAGUUACCAUUCACUUCUUACUAGUUUUUCCAUUUUUAUUUUUAUUUUCUCUUUAACACAAAAGUUACCUAGAAGAAUGUCUUAAUUUCCAAAUAAAUUAUUUUGUUUUCUUUUUACCGUUCUUUUUAUGUUGAUGUUAUUUCUGUUUUGAGCGGGGUGGUGGGGAGCAAGGGGAUGUAUUUUUUUCUUAAUAAAUA